AUGGCACAAUCCGCCAACAAAGCCCCCGAAAUCAUUAUCAUCAGCGACAGCGACAGCAUCAGCUCUGCCGCCUCCUCCGUGACAGAGGGCCGCAAUGAUGCCACCGAGGCAUCUGAGGCGCAUACCUCAGCGAAGGACUUCCAUCCCAAGCGCAAGGCCUUCCUCGCCAAUCUCAAGAAGAUGAUGGCCUCGAUCCCGGAGAAUCUCGCUUUUGGCAGUGGAAAUGGGGAGAGAUCUGAGCGGGAGAAGGUGAAGGAGUUCGCGGAGACGAAUCUGGCGCUCAGUAAAGGUUUAGUGGAGAGGAACUAUCAGGAAUUCGCUCGUAAGGAUGCGUUGUUGCAGGCUGCUGUCAGGAACUGGGAGAAUGAGGUGAAGAGACUCGGUGGGCAGUAG